AACAAGAAGAAAAAUGAGAGCGUGGAACUCAAAGAGCAGCGACACUGACGUAGAAUUGACUUUGAUGAUACGUACCAUCUUCCUCACCAUGAUCCAUCCUUGACCACGAGAUCCUGCUCCGAAACCCAGCGGUCGAAGAUACAGAGAUUGAAUACAGUACAGUAUAUACUCCGCAUAUGCGCCCUUCCUCCUCCACGACAAACCACAAAAACCAUGCCCAUCAAACACGCGACACCCGUCACCGUCUCCCUCUCCGACCUCCAAUCCAACACCGUCCCUUCGUCGACACUCACGUCCGCUUUUGGGCCCGACUCACUCGGGAUCUUGGUCGUCAAGGACCUUCCCUCUUCGUUUACUCGUCUGCGCAGCCGAGUGCUGUCCAACUCUUCGCGACUCGCGCACUUGCCAGCAUCGACGCUCUCGACUCUCACGAAACCCAGCGCAAAGUACCUGGUUGGAUGGUCCCACGGGGUCGAAACGUUGAGGCCUGGAGUCAUCGAUACGGCAAAAGGAAGUUACUACAUCAACUGCGCCUUUUACAAAAACCCUACGCUCCAGGGCGCCGACGGGAACAAAUUCCCGGGCUUUGAAGAGUACACGGCACCCAACGUGUGGCCGGAAGACCGUGACGUUCCGGGAUUCCAGCGAGACGCAGAGUCUUUGAUAUCUUUGAUCAUCGACACGGCCGUUCUGGUGGCGCGAGCUUGCGACCGGUUCGCUCAGGCCGAGAUACAGGACUACAUACCGGGGUAUUUAGAACGAGUGGUCCAAGGGAGUACAACGACAAAAGCGAGAUUGUUACAUUAUUUUCCCAUUUCGGCAGAGUCGACACAAUCUAAUGGUGAUGAUAACGGCACGAACGGCACAGAAAAAGUCGGUGACAAGACAGAGGGAGGCGAGGAUGGACUAGACGAAGGAGAUGAAAUCGACGACUCAUGGUGUACCACACACCUCGAUCACGGUUGUCUAACGGGUUUGACGAGUGCCAUGUUUAUCGACGAGUCAACCACGUCCUCCACCUCCACCUUGAAACCGACGUCAACACUAGAAGAAGAAGAAGAAGUAAGACUGGACGAACUCCCAUCGUCACCCGACCCGAAAUCUGGUUUAUAUAUCCUAUCCCGUACGGGGGAGACUUACAAGGUCUCGAUCCCUCGUGAUUGUCUGGCUUUUCAGACCGGCGAGGCCCUCGAACUCAUCACCCAAGGUAAAUUCAAGGCCGUCCCUCACUUUGUCAAGGGGGUCGACCCGAAGAAUUGCGACUCCAGGAGCAAAAUCGCGAGGAACACACUCGCCGUCUUCACACAACCCAACUUGGAUGAAUUGGUCGACUUGAACACCGGCUUGACUUUUGGGGAGUUUGCGAGGGGAGUGGUUAAAAAGAAUACUCUCCCUGCCGACUCCUGAUCCUACCCUCGUAUGGGUUACGGCUGUUCAGCACAAUAGGCAGUGAACCGGCUGGAAAUGUAAUGUACCCGACCCCUAAGUGAUUGUAUGAAGGGAUACGAAAAUGAGAAACGCGAAGACUUGAGUGAGAACAAAAAAUGAGUGCUCAGGCACCAAAGAUGGUUAUGGAUAUAAAAGGGAAACCAAACGAGACUAGAGCAGACAUUAUGAUAAUGUUAUUUGGAUUGAAUUUCUGAAUCUGACUUGUCUGU